AUGAAUGUCCUCAUACUCCUUGGUCUGGGUCUACUAUACCUGGCCAAGGAAACCCCGCCAGAUGAGGCGGAACCAAUCCCGAUGACAGGUGGCGAGGGCUCUCGCCCCUCAGAAGGUGAAUAUAAGGUGCUCUUAUCCAAGGGCGCAGGCAGUUUGGCUAUUCAGGGCCCAGACCCUGAAGGCCAAACCACAUCAACGGGCACACCAUUGCCUAGCAACAAAAUCAGGUUGUUUCCCACCAUCACACAAACAUUUAGAAAAAGAGGGAGAAAAAAGAGGAAAGUGGGCCCCGAGAUAAGGCUACUCCCUCUCCCUGCUCUUGACAUUCCCAAAACAGGAUUACAGAAUAUUUCCUUUGAAUGUCCGACUACACACUGUAACUCACAUGACUGUGUUGUUGUGUUUCCUGUGUUUUCAAGCAAAGGCUUAUGGGCGUGGAACGUCUAUCCAGAGACGGGGUACCAGCGGUUCCAGGUCUCGCAGCGGAUGAACGGAGGAGGGUUUCUACCCUCUCACGAUGUGGGCCACAGCGACUGUAACACCGUAAUAAAGGUCAAACUAACCAGUACUCCCCUCCCAGAGAGAGUUUACUUGGUCUGUGGAGACAGAGCCUACAGUUGCAUGCCUUAUGACACUUUUGAUGGCACCUGUUAUCUAGCCUAUCUAAUCCCUUUGAUCCGUAAAGUAGAGAUUGAUGAGAUUGCAGCAAUACUCCCCUCCCUACACAGAAAUCGUAGGACCAUCACAACAGGUCAGCAGCUGGCUAGCGCUGUCCUGCCCUGGUACGGCAUUUAUGUUUCCCAGCAGGAAAUCAUAGCUCUCUCCAAAAUAGUGGAAAACCACCUCAAUGUAUCCAACAGAGCCAUGUUGGCUGAACACAAAGAACUGCAGGAAGUUAGAACAGUGGCAUUACAGAAUCGCAUGGCACUGGAUCUUCUGCUAGCAGCACAGGGGGGCACGUGCAAGGUGAUUGGCUCUGAGUGUUGUUCUUUCAUCUCUGAUGCUACACCUGAGGUCAUGGAUAUGGCUCAUGAUACUGCUAGGGGAAUAAAAGAAUUGCACGAAACUCAUGGGUUUGCAUUUGGGGAUUUAUCUGGAAUAUUUGGGUCAUGGGGAGCGGGAUUGGGUAAACUUGCCAUUACCAUUUCACUGUUUAUCUUAGCUGUACUAAUCCUGAUAAUGUGCCUAGUCACUGUUGUUAAACUAGUCAUGCAAAAGGUUGUCAAAACCGCCCUCCAGGCCCCACAGACACUGGUGGGGUACGACACCAUUGAUGACACCGUGAUGAUGUACGACGUCGAGCUUCCCGACCCGUGGGUCUCUACCGUGGCACCCGAACCAUGGGUUCCCCCUUACAACGAAUGGCCAAUUAAUUAAAACUGAUUAAAGUUGAUUUUUUCCUUUUCAGGUUGUUACACUACACAAUACAUGUCUGACUUUUCCUUUUCAGAUUUUGAAUGUAUUGAUAUUACUAAAAUUAAGUGCCUGACUCUUAAGAUAAUCCUAAAAUUGAGGACACUGCAAUUUUGCAGAUCACAGAUUGAUCAAAUCACCAUUGUGAAUUCUAUACUCUAACUGUGAAUUUUUAGCAGGGUCUCUUACGAUCCUGAGUUUUAUUAU